ACAUGCCUUGUCAUAACUAAUUUGUUUUUAGAAAUAAAUAAACACAGUCAAUUAUCAGUUGCCAAGAUGACAACAAACACAAACAUUGACGAAAACUUUGAAACUCCGGAUUUCGACGAAGAUGAGCUUGGUGAGGAACAAUUUGUGUCGACUACGGCUGGGAGGAAAAGGCUGUUCAGCAAGGAGCUUCGAUGUAUGAUGUAUGGAUUUGGUGAUGAUAAGAAUCCGUAUACUGAGAGUGUGGAUUUAUUAGAAGAUAUUGUUAUUGAAUUUAUAACGGAAAUGACUCACAAAGCAAUGGAGAUCGGACGUACUGGGCGUGUACAAGUAGAAGAUAUCAUAUUUUUAGUUAGAAAAGAUCAAAGAAAGUAUGCCCGUGUCAAAGACUUAUUGACUAUGAAUGAAGAAUUAAAGAAAGCCAGAAAAGCUUUUGAUGAAAUUAAAUACGUCGGUAAUGAGGCAAAAAUCAAAUGACAAAAGGUUAAAUAAACAGUGGUUUUCAUGUAAUAUUAUUUUAUUUUCAAUUUAUAUAUACUAGUAUGAAUAGAAACAAAAUAUUUUAA